AUGGCUUUCCCUUCUCUUUGGGCCUGCUUACUAACUGGCUACUUUUCUGUUUCAUUAGCAGAAGCACCCAAUCUCUCAGAUCUGUAUCCUCCCCUAUGGAAGGAGAGUCCUGGUCAGUUCAGUGACUAUAGGGUGAAAAAUGGAAAGUACAUUAUUAAUCCCUGGGUAUAUCCUGAGAGAUUGGGGAUGUAUAAAAUUCUACUGAGCCAGACAGCCCGUUAUUUUGAAAAAUUUGCACCAGAAAAUGAACAAAAUAUAUUAUGGGGACUGCCCCUACAGCAUGGCUGGCAAUAUACUACAGGCAGAUUAGCGGAUCCCAGCCAGAGGACAGACUGUGGCUAUGAUUCUGGCGAUGGUUUGUGCAUCUCUGAGGACAGUUGGUGGGCUGACAUGAAUUACUUUCUCAGUGUAUUACCCUUCCUGGCUGCGGUUGGCUCUGACAUAAUGGGGAUAUCAUCAGACCAAGUCAUACUUUUGCCACCACCCAAGGAUCAAACAAAAUUUUGUCUUAAUGUUGCUACUUGUCAGUUAUCCUUCCCUAAGACAAUGAGAAAGUGGAAUGUCUUCUACCAGCAUUUGCAGUUACCUUCUAGUAGCUUUGAGGACUUACUGAAGUAUUUAUGGGCUGCACAUACAACAUCUUUGGAAGAUGCUUACAAAAUAUUUGAAGAUAGGUUACAAGACUAUUCUAAACCAGAAGUAGAUUUUGGAAAAAGUUGGUAUGUGGGUGUGGGAUAUAUAGCUGUAGCCAGGUUUCCUACAACUGUGAUUAGAACAUAUGAAUUCCAGAAGAGUCUGCCACCACGAAUGCUUGUCAAUGGGGACAGAGCUCCCAACAUCAGUGACUUUACUGAACUUCAAAACAUAGUCCUGCUUGGUUUACAUCUUCUUCGUGAAGUGGAUAAUGAUACAGGGUCAUUCUCUUUGACUGUAUGGAAAAUUUUAAUGAAGACAGAACUUGCAAGAAAACUCAUUCUAGAGCUUUCAGAAAUAAUUCUUAAAAUUAUAAUAACUCUUUAA